AAAUGUAGGCAUCUUGUCUUUCCAGAAUCACAUCGAAGAUUCGACAGGCAUUAGAACAGCGAGACUGGGCGAGCAACAUAUCUUCAACAAAUCUUUUCGAGCAGAUCCUUCUUUGACUUCGAAAGUAAACAUGGACCGACUGUUCUUGCUUCUCGCACUCUCUACUGUUGUCGGGGUUGUUUCUAGCAUUCCGGCAUGCACGGAUGAUCCAAAUGGGACAAACUACAGAGGGGAUUUAUCUGUAACUUUGAGCGGUAAAACAUGCCAAUCUUGGACAUCUCAGACCCCUCAUGGCCACAGCAGGACACCCGACAACUACCCGAAUGCAGGCCUUGGAAACCACAACCACUGCAGAAACCCUGACAGGGCCUUCACUGCAUGGUGUUACACUACUGAUCCCGAUCGCCGAUGGGAAUAUUGCGCCAUUGGUGAUUUCAGUCGACAAUGCACAGAUCCUGAGUACUAUGAGGAACCCAGUGGCACCGAUUACCGGGGAUACGUCUCUACCACAAGGAACGGACUCGAAUGCCAGGCAUGGACUUCCCAGAGUCCCCAUGGUCACUCUCGCACUCCUGAUAACUACCCUGAUGCUGGCCUGGGUAACCACAACUACUGCCGCAACCCUGACCGCGAAGACUUUGCCUGGUGCUACACAACCGACCCUAAUACUCGCUGGGAGUACUGCAACAUCGGGUUACCAGCAUUUGAUGAAGACUAAUGAGGGAGUCAGUCAUGAAGUUUUAUUGUCUUCUUAAAAUAUCAGAUACUGGUUGUGUGGGGAUGUGUUUCUGGAAAUAUAUCAUGGUCAUAGAUUUUCAUUUCUGCACAUCUCUUGAAACAAAUUUAGUUUAGUUUAGAGUCAUAGGGUAUUUCGAAGCCACUCCAUAUUCACGUUUUAUUUAUAAUUACCUUAGUUACCAUAGCUACCGUAUUUACCAUAGUCUCCUUGUAAGUCAUUGUGUGUCAUCUUAAUUUUUUCAAUAAUUUUAUUGUAGACUAUUUAGACAAUUAUUUAUUUAUG